CAAUAUUGCACCAAUUCAAAGGAGGUAAGAGUCUGGGACUACUUUAAAGUCAUCCUUUGUGCGUAGGUUCCCCGUCAGAUGCAGACAGCUCACCCUUGUCUAUUCAAAGGAGGCGGGGUCCAGUUGCACUGACUGAGUGUUUCAGGGUAUCUGAGAAGCAGAUAUGCCCUUUUAAAAAGUUUGAGGACGCUCUCAGGAGAAGCCACUUCGGACUUUUACGCAUCGAGCGUCCAUGGAUGGAAAGGGGACCGAGACGGCACCGACGGGAGCCAACAUGAGCAAUAGAUCCUUCCCUAUCUCUGACCCGAUAUGUCAAACGGAGGAGGCUCCUUUCGCCAUGGUUGUCAUCCGCAGGUUUGGUGUCUUUGACUACAUCCUGUACGGCAUCUUGACCUUCAUGGCAACAGUUUCUUUGCUGGUCUUCUUAGAGGAAUGUAUCUACAUCUAUAAGAAAGUACCUGCCAAUAAGAAGAGUCUCAUCGUCUGGGUGAAUGGAGCAGCACCGGCGAUUGGCACCAUGUCAUGUCUGGGGAUGUGGUUCCCCAGAUCUACCAUGUUUACUGAUAUGUUCUCCAGCUGUUACUUUGCCAUCGUGGUGUUCAAGUUCCUGAUCCUGAUGGUGGAAGAGGUGGGUGGCGACGAGGCGUUUCUGAAGCGUGCAGGAAAAUAUAAACUGAAGAUCAGCACGGGGCCUUGUUGCUGCUGCUGCUGUUGCCUGCCAGACGUGGCCAUCACACGACGCUCUCUCUUCUUGCUCAAACUUGGCUCCUUCCAGUUUGCCGUCCUGAAGACUGCCUUCACCAUCUUUUCCAUUGUUCUCUACACCCACGGCAACUAUGAUAUAAAGAAAAUAAGCGCUGAUGGAGAUGCAAUAUGGAUCAACAGUUUUGUAGGCGUCUUGACAAUCACAGGUUUGUGGCCUGUUGGCAUCACAUUCAUACACCUGAAGAACACCCUGCGAACAAUAAAGAUCAUCCCGAAAUACGCCAUGUAUCAGCUGCUCCUGAUUCUUACCCAGCUGCAGACAGCUAUUAUCAACAUCUUGGGCUCAAAUGGCACCAUCGCCUGCUCUCCACCUUUCCCCUCGUCGAUCAGAGGAUACAUGAUGAGCCAGCAGCUGCUGAUCAUGGAGAUGUUCAUCAUAACGAUGGUAACACGGCUGCUCUAUCGACGACAGUACGAUCCUUUACCUGAAGAGCAGGAUGCCAAUGAAAACACCAGGAUGACUGACUUAACACAGUCUCCAUGAGAACUAAAUUGUGUUAAUGUGUGUAUGUAUGUGUGUGUGUUUGUAUGUUUGAUUCAUAUUUUCUUUCAAGUAUUUGAUUAAGACAUUGCAUAUAUUCAAAAUAACAAAUAUGAGUUAUAUGUAAAUGGGUCGUGUGGCUGCUCAUUAAGCUUACUGGCUGCGAGUCCGCUACACAGUUUUGAUUGACAGGAUACUCAGGUCAUGUACAGGCAUGUGAAAUUAAUAAGAACAUCCCGUGGAAAUGGACUGACUCUCUUUGAAAGUCUGCAUUUUUUUCAAAGAAAGUAAGUGGGAAUAAAAAACAAAACAGUUGGAGGAACAUUUUGCAGAGUAUCAGGUUAACUGGCAACAGAUCAGUAACAUCACUGGGAAUAAAAAGAGCAUCUUAGAGAGGCAGAGUUUCUCAGAAGUAAAAAUUGGCAGAGGUUCACCAAUCUGCAAAAAAAUCAAAAAUCAGAAUAAUGUUCCUUAAUGUAAAAUUGCAAAGACUUUCAAUAUCUCAUUAUCUACAGUGCCUAAUGUCAUCCAAUAAUUUAGAGAACCUGGAGAAAUCUCCAUGCACAAGUGACAAGGCCAAAAAUCAAUAUGGAUGCAUGUGAUCUUCAGGUCUUAAAAUGACACUGCAUUAAAAACAGGUGUCAUUCCAUCAUGGAAAUCACUGCACAGGCUCAGGAACACUUCCAGAAAUCACUGUCUGUGAAUACAGUUCACUGUACUGUACACAAAAACAGAUACUUAUUGCACUGGCAAUAGCUUGAAGAGUUAAAAUACAGCUUUACUGAAGACUCAGACAUUGGACUUGUUUUGUCCUAGAGCUCUCAGUGCUACAUUUGACACCACAUUCUCACAUUUUCGAGGUCGCCUGAUCUUUUUUGUGUAAUAACGCUUGUAUACACA